AUCGAUGUCCAAAUAAUGUGGUUGUAAAGUCGCUUGCUGUAAUUCAAAAUGUGUGGUGUGUGUGUAAGUUUUUGCGGCGUGUCAUGGAAGCGAUGUGAAAAAGUCCUUUUGGAAGUGUUUUAUUUUUAAGAUACUUGUUAAAUAACUUCCAAUUUAAUAAUGGUGGAACAAAAAACGAGUAAAAAGGCCGUAGCUGCCCCUAAAAAACCUGCUGCUGAAGCCGUCAAGAAACCAGCAGCCACUCCAAAAAAGUCCUACGCUAAGAAAUCCAAGAGCUUAGCUUACGGUAAAGUCAAGUUCCAAGCUUUCCUCUUCCGCGGUAAAUGGAGAUUCAUCAACAAGGCUGAGGCCGAUAAAGAGAAAAAUAAGAAGUUAGCCAAAGUAGCCAAGCUUAAAGAACAAGGCAAACAAAUCAAGGAAAAGAAGAAACCCAGACCAUCGAUCGUAGAGAAACCGAUUAAAGGUGAAAAGAACGGUGAAAGUCGUAAAAUCCACCUCAGAAGAAAGAACUACUAUCCCAGCACCAAGAAACCGAAUGCUCACCGUGCUCGUGGACUUUACCGGCUACACGCCAGAAAUUUCCGUUCAAGUUUGACCCCUGGUACCGUGCUCAUCUUAUUAGCUGGAGUCAACAAAGGCAAACGUGUUGUUUUAUUGAAGACCUUGAGCAGCGGUUUAUUAUUGGUAACCGGACCUUACCUGUUGAACGGUGUACCUUUACGUAGAGUUCAACCAUGUCACGUAAUCGGUACCAAGACGAAAUUGGACGUAAGCGGUGUCAAAUUGCCCGAAAAAAUGAACGAUAAAUUCUUCAAACGUGUUGUCGAAAAGAGGAAAGUUAAGAAAGGAGACAAGACUAUUUUCGUUCCGAAGAAAAAAUCGUACCAGCCUAACGCCGAAAGAAAAGAAUUCCAAAAGACCGUAGACCAACAAGUUUUAGAUAUUAUCAAGAAACAUCCCGACAAGAAAACAUUGCUCGCUUAUCUAUCAGCUAUGUUCGGUCUAAAGAAUAAUCAAUACCCUCAUCGUAUGCAGUUUUAAUGUAUAUUUAUUUUGUUCUCCAUCGUUUGAUAAAUAAAAAAUUUUGGAAAAA